CUCCAUCGCCCGAGGUGACAGCAGCGUUGCCACGAUGAGCGGCUUCGGUCAUGUCCACCUUCGACGGCAUCGUCGCCGAGUUCCCUGACAUCCGCAUCGACUACUUCCGCCAAAGCUCUUCGCAGCAGAAUCGCCCUGCGCUUGCUUACUUCUUGAGCCAUGUCCACUCCGACCAUCUGCAGGGCCUCGAGACAUGCAGAUCUCCCUUCAUUUGGUGCUCGCCUGCCACGCGCGAGAUAUUGCUCCGCCUCGAGAAAUACCCCCAUCGCAUGAAUUUCGCCAGAGGCAUCCUUGAAAGCAGACAACAGACUUACGGGCACUUGAGGAAGAUACUCAGGCCAAUUCCCUGCGAAGCUCCGACUGAGAUCGAACUUGUGCCCGGGCGCUCGAUACGUGUCACUCUUCUCGACGCGAAUCAUUGUGUAGGUGCCUGCAUGUUCCUGAUCGAAGGCGAUGGCAAGGCGAUCCUUUACACCGGAGACAUUCGCGCCGAAGUCUGGUGGGUCAAUUCAAUUACCCGCAACCCAGUGAUGGUGCCAUACGCUCGCCAUGGGAGUGUGAUGCCUCAGAAGCGACUUGAUACGGUGUAUCUCGAUACAACAUUUGCAAGCAAAAGCGAUCGUUACCGCCACUUUCCGAGCAAAGCAGAGGGAAUCAGCGAGCUACUGCAAAAGGUUGCGCAGUAUCCGCCUGAUACCGAGUUCUACAUCGACGCGUGGACUUUCGGCUACGAAGAGGUCUGGCAAGCUCUUUCGCUCUUUCUCCGCAGCCAGAUACACGUCGACGACUAUCGUCAUGCCCUUUACAGCUCUCUUCACAAUGGCGCGGAGCCCAAGGCACCUGAGGCGUACAAACUCAUUCGGACCAGAGUCGGCAACGAAGAGCGAGAGGCUUGCCUUUCUACUCGAUAUCAACGUCUCCACUCAUGCGAACGUGGAACUGGGUGCACUGUCUUCAACAAUGAUUUUGUGCGCAUCACGCCCAUCGUCUCGAGACACAACGGCCAAGAAAUGGCCGAGCUCGGCGCUGGUGGCGGACAGGGAGAUCUGAACCAGCAACACGAGCUCGAGAUCGAUGAUAGCAGCAUCUUCCAGAAGCUUAUGUCGCUCUGCGUGGAAAAGCUUCAUUCGCAACCUGAGCUGUUGUCCGGCGUCGUGCAAAUGCUCACAGCAACUACAUCUGCACGCGGCUCGGCGAUUCCGCUCCAGCUUGCAGAUCUAGCAAAUGGCGAUGGGACUAAGGAUGUCACGCAAGAUGCUGAGGACGACCUGCUUGAGGAUCUCGACGAGUUGCCACUUGAGAAAGUCGUGUCUGUGCUGGCGAAGCGCGUAUCAGAUUCGAAGAGCGAUGCACCCACCAACCCACGUCGCCCUGCAGCACGGCCCGGCAGCCUGCCAAAGCAGAUCACAUUUCCGUACUCACGCCACGCAUCCUAUGGAGAGCUUUGUGUCUUCAUGGACGCGCUUCUGCCAAAGGACAUUUAUCCUUGCACAGUGGACAAGAGCAGUUGGGGCCCAGAGCAUUCCAUGUCCUACCUCUUUGGUCAUCUGUACAAGAUCCCACCAGACUUUCGCCACGACAAAAAGAUGAUGCAAGAUCUCAACGAGACUCACGGGGAGGAUAUUGCAAAUAUGCGCCAGACUCAGGCAUCUGACGGAGAAACGCAAGACUCUGCCGUUCAGGACGACGAGCUCACUCAGAUCUCCGAGACUCCAGUGAAGCCCAAGGUGCUAUUGCCUAUGACUGUGCAUGAGACGAAUAAGCGUGCUGCCGACACAGACAAGCCACAAUAUGCAAAGCGACCGAGAGGAACGCCAAAAGAACGUUCUCAUUCGAAGCCAGUGGGAAGUCGUGUGACCCCUGGUUCCGCCACCAGCAGACCAUCAGCCAUGGUCUCAGGCAUCGUCAAGAGCGAGGCUUGGCUCCGCACAUCGAUCUUGCCAAGCGAGAAGAAUGCUCGGAGCCCCGGCAUCAUCGACGCCCCUCGCAGUUCGUCGGAUGAAUCCCCUCUGGCCAGGUCUAUCCCGGAAACGGAGGCCGUUAUUUCUUCGAGGCCAAGCAACAAUCAUAGACGGCGUACCACUUCGACCGAUCAUAUCCAUGCCUCAUCCACGCCAACGCCUGUACGCCAUCAACCAAAGACUUCGCAACAAUUCACGGAGCUUGUCGGGGAUGAUCUGAAGGAGGCGCUUCAACGAAAUGCAUACGAUACUGUGCUUGGCGAUGGCAAGGAGUGGUCGUUGGUCAGCGUAGAUGGUCACACGGUCCAGGAAGAGGAGUUGUGAUGCGCGCGCAGAUGUUGCUCGCCUUCUGGACGCACUGUCAAUCGUGUUGGGGUCGACCCAGAGUAUAUUCUGAGCAUAACUACAUUGCUUCGCUGGGAUGUUUGCACAACCAAUUAUGAGGACUUUGCCUCAUCGUCAAAGGCAACAAGUCUAUCUAGUACCCUUCUCAAGGGAAUGCAAGCGCCUUUCGACAUGACCGUCAAUCCAUCUGCCUCAUCAUUACCAUUACUUCUCUCCAGCACUUCUUUCACAUUGGCGAUUGUCGCUUGGAGCAGCUUUGGCCCGCUUGGUUGAAGGUAUGUCCAUCGAAUGAUAUCUUCGAGACCUUUCAGUCCCGGUGUCGUGUCGGUGCCCGAUAAAGCCGUGAUCAAAAAGCCUUUUGCGCGCAAAAACACUCUUUCGCUGUACAGUGCGCUUGGUCUUUUGCUUGCCUCAUCUCCCACAAGAGCUUCAUAGCCGGCUUCGUUGUAGUACGGUUCGCGAACAAGGACCAGUCCCAGUAGUGAGACCAUGACCUGUAGUAAUGUGCUUCGUGUCGCACUCCAGCCUUCUCCUUUGCUUCCUUCCCAGGUUCCGAGAAGUGAUAGGCAGAUUUUCCCGUCUUCGUAUAGAUUUGGGUUGACGCGGCCUAGAGUUCCAAUGGCCGAGAUGGUGGGCCAGGAGUGGAAGUAGACCUGAGGUGGUUCGGUGGGGAAUUCGGAGGAUAGGUAGAAGUCGACCACGAAAGGAGCGUUGGCGUAUGGGGUGUCCGUGGGGCCGAUGAUCAAGCAGCGGAGGAGGUCGAGACGUGAUUCCCAGGAGCGGAUGUAGACACCUGUGGGAAGGGCGGAGUUGUUACGGAGGAUCUUGUGCUCCUUUUGUGUGCGUUUUGUGUGUACAGAACUCGAGGUGGUAGGCUCGUUGCGAAAGCGGUGGUCGAGUGGAACAUCCCCAUCGAGAAUCGCAUAUGAGGGAGGAGCUUCGAUGGUAGGCUCUGUAGGUGCUGCGUCCGUCUUCAUCUUGUGCGCAGCCGUAUCUAUCGGCGAUGCAGAGUGUGAGGUUGGCGGUGUGUGAAACUCCUGCGCAUCCUCCAUGGGCAGAUCUUCAGUGUCCUCAUCCGCCGACUCCCAUUCGUCAUUUUCAACCUCGUCCUCGUCCAUUUCUUCACCAUUCUCGUCCUCCCACCGGAUAAGCAUCUCCUCUUCCUCGCUUUCCGCGUCGCUGCCCCAAUCGUCGUCGAUCUCUUCGUCAUCAGAUACAUCGUAUUCAUCGUCCAUCUCGUCCUCGUUCCAGGCAUCGACCGCAUGGCUCCCAUCUGAUCUCACAGCAACUACGCAUUGCUCCCGACGAAGAACGACAUCCUGGACCUGUGAAGCAGCUCCAAGACGCACAACUAGAGAGCCGUCGAGCGGGGUAUCGAUAAGUUCGCCGAGCCAAGUUCUAUCACUCGGUCGGCCGUGAAGUGUGUUGUAGGGAGGACAAGAAAUCAAAAUGAUGUCUCCUCGGCGGUAGUUCAGGGCAGCAGGUGCCUCAAUGUCGUACAGACUGAUCUGCUGCUCCUCUGCGUGUGCGGAGGAAAUGGCAUGUGACACAAGUGCUGGCGGCAUGCCUCCAUCUGGGUCUUUCGCAUAGUGAAUGUGUGAGUUCUCCAGCCAUCGGACCUUUGCCAUGCGGUCCACUGCGUCGACAGACUGGACCACGCCGACUUGCUCAGGCUGCUCCACAAAUGACAUUCCAGGCACCGGCACAAGCUUGAGUGAGUGCGCGAUCUCGCCCGGCCAGGCCGCAUGCUCGUCGUCCAAGCUCGAAUCGGGAAAAAGAUUGAUCGAUCGCUCAGUAGUAAUGGAUAGAUCCUGCCAUUGGACUGAGACGGUUGUCUCAAAUUUGGUGAUAUCGAACACAUUCAAGUCAUAGCCAAGAUUCGCUUGUCUGUCGAGAUGAGGGAUCAUAUUGGGACGUUCGUUGCUGUUGUAUUUUACGCGAGCGCCAGUCAGAUCUCGGAAGCGCACGCGCAAUCCUAGGCGAACAUCGAUCUCGGAGUUGGAUUUAGUCGAUGGAGACUCGGUGUGGCUGUUGGCUGGCCUUCGGUCGCGCUGGUAAACAGAAAAUCCUGCCGACUCCAGUUCUUCCGAUUCGAGCAUAAACGGUGGUUCCUGUUCUUGGGUGCUGCCUAUUCUUCGUUGCGCCCAGGCGACUUCUGCAGCCACGGUCCGCACAGCGACGACUGUGCCUACAGGAGGAGUGUUUGCAUUGUAAGCACCAUAGACCCACUUUCCAGUGCGAAGCUGGCCUUUCUUCGUCUUCGCAAUGUCGCCAACACAGAAAGAUCCGUAGUGCCCAUCGGGAUGCUCGCCAGCUUCGUCUUCAAUUUCGACGACACAAUUGUCGGUCAGCCGUACUUGGAUAUUGUUCGUGAUUGCUUCCACUUUCCCAAUCCAGUCUUUGUAGAUCACCAAGCAGUCCUCCGUGACCGUCUCAGCCUCCACUAGUUCCGAUGCGGGUACGUCUAUGAUGGGAGCAGGCCUGCCGUUUGGAUAUACACAAUAUUGCGAAGUGCUCGCAUCGAAGUUUUCGUGAGGAAGUAGUCCCUUGAGCAUCUUGGAAUCCUGGUAAGUAACGUCACACAUCGGCUGCAGAGUGCAUUUAGUGAAUGUGUUGAGAACCACUCCCGACUGUGCAUCCUGUACGGAGCGCUUGACGAUGUCGCCGAUGAGCAGUGACCGAUCAACCAACUUGAGCUUGGUCACCGGCAGUAACUCGAGGUUGGGCUUGUUCUGCCAUCGAACCAGAACUGUGUCUUUGGGUGGCGCUCCAACGCUCAUGAAUUUUCGGAAAGUGGAAUGCGAGAUUUCGCUGUCGCGAUCGAUGGGCUCGUCCUCGUCCUUGCCUGGAAAAGGGGUGUGCGUGUCGAUAUCACUGUGCGUCCGCUCUACAACGGCCAGGGACUUUUCAUCGGCUUUACUCGCCACGAUAUCGUCGGGAUGAAGGAUCAGAGUCAUGGCUGCGAUGGCGGCGUCGCGUGGGCCUUUCCGUGGUAUUUACCGGAGUGAGAAUUUGGCGAUGGUCAUUCUGCUGGACUGUCUUUCUUAUACGGUUCCUUUCUGCAGUUUGGUGCUGUGAAUGUGGCCUUGA